AUGCCCAUUGGCCCGCUCGCCAGGACGGACAAGCGCCCCGUAUUGAAAAUGGCAGCUGGCGGCCAAGCCCGCCUCGUGAUUGGACGGGGCGCCCUCUCCGUGGGGCGCAGGGUCUCCUUCUGCACCUUCCUGGCGCACGAAUACCCGGAGCUUGUGCACAAAGUGAUUAUGGUGAACGGAGGGGGCCCCACCGCCCUGGAGCCCAGCCUCUGCUCCAUCUUCAACAUGCCCCCCUGCGUCCUGCGCUGCCUCUCGCCCUGCCUGGCCUGGAGCUUCCUCAAAGCCGGCUUUGCCCGCCAGGGUGCCAAGGAGAAGCAGCUGCUGAAGGAGGGCAACGCCUUCAACGUCUCCUCCUUCGUCCUGAGGGCCAUGAUGAGUGGCCAGUACUGGCCGGAGGGGGACGAGGUCUACCACGCCGAGCUGACCGUGCCCGUCUUGCUGGUGCAUGGCAUGCACGACAAGUUCGUGCCCGUGGAGGAGGACCAGCGCAUGGCAGAGAUCCUGCUGCUGGCCUUCCUGAAGGUGAUCGACGAAGGGAGCCACAUGGUGAUGCUGGAGUGUCCAGAGACGGUCAACACCCUCCUGCAUGAGUUCCUCCUCUGGGAGCCUGAGCCCCUCCCUCCUGAAGAGGGCCCCCCGGCGGGGAAGAAGUAG